CCCGCGCUGAUAGGCUGGAGCGACUCAGCUGGGCGCCGGGGCCGGAAGGGAGGCGGCCGCCGCACCAUUCUUAAAGGGGCCGAGGAGGAGGCGAAGGGCUGCAGACGGCCGGAAGGAAAAUGAGUGAAUCUUUGGUGGUUUGUGAUGUUGCUGAAGACUUAGUGGAAAAGCUGAGAAAGUUUCGUUUUCGCAAAGAAACGAACAAUGCUGCCAUUAUAAUGAAGAUUGACAAAGACAAACGCCUGGUGGUUCUGGAUGAGGAACUUGAGGGCAUUUCACCGGAUGAACUUAAAGACGAGUUACCUGAACGACAACCUCGAACCUUCAUUGUGUAUAGUUAUAAAUAUCAACAUGAUGAUGGAAGAGUUUCAUACCCUCUGUGCUUUAUUUUCUCCAGUCCUGUUGGAUGUAAGCCUGAACAACAGAUGAUGUAUGCUGGAAGUAAGAACAAGUUAGUCCAAACAGCUGAAUUAACCAAGGUAUUUGAAAUAAGAAAUACUGAAGACCUAACUGAAGAGUGGUUACGUGAGAAGCUUGGGUUUUUCCACUAAUGUGAACUUCUGUGUUUCUAAAGUAUUUAUGUAUUAACCUGACCAUACUGGAACCAGACAUAAAUACUUAUUUAUGCCUAAAAAUGCACUGUUACUUACAGUUUAUUUCCCGCAGUAAAGAAAAAUUCAUUUGUGCAAAGUUUGAACAAAGAGGAAAUCAUCUUCAUAGUAAUGAAACUUUGUAAAGUGUUUCCUUAUAUUUGUAAUUGUUAGGUGGACCCCUUUUCUCCAGGGACUUUUUGCACUCUUGUGACUAAUUUGUAUUACUAUGGUUCAGAAUUUGUUACUAUUUACAGACACCAUUGGAAAGUGGGUAUUAGCUUGUGAUAGACAACUGUUGCCUCCUUUUGACAAAUACUGGAUAUUAGCAGUUUAUAUAUGAAAGUAGCAUAUUAUCACUUGUCAAAUUGUUGACAUUAAUUUGGAGUUAAAGACUUGAUUACCCAAUUUUGAGCCAUGAGUAGUAACUAAUUUAGUGUAACCUGCAUUCUAAGUACAUUUUUCAUCAAUUUCAUACCUCUUUUGAUUUCCUGUAUCUUUUGAAUCAAGUCUAGAAACAUGUUAAGGUCUGAGAGUUAGAUUUUAUGAUAGAAUUAUGGCUAUUAGCUUUUCUUCUUAUGGAAAAUAGCAUCUUAGUCUUAGAAAUUGGUGGGUUGUAAUAACCAAGGGCUUCCUUCCUGUUUAUGUCAUUUCUAGAUAGUUUUUUAUCUAGGUUAAUAACACUUUAUAAAGCACCUCCUAAUGUCUUGUGAGCACUAAUUAUUUUAAGUGUGUUAGUACAGUGCCUUUGAUUUGUUAGUUUUAUAGUUUAAGAUUUUUACACUCCCAGUAAUCUAGAUUUGGUGAAAUUAACACUUUUUUUAAAGGGUCCAAGUAAAGCAGUUUUCUAAUGUACGUGUAUCUGAAAUUUGUAAUAAAAUCAGCCUCUUAUUUUUAAAAUUCCAACUAUCCACUUGGAAUUGGUGAGUAUAUGGCAGUUGAGAAUGAAAAUUUGGGGUAUAUUUCUGAUUAGUUUUGUGCCAUAUAUAAAAAUUACUUGUCUUAAAAAACUUUGACCAGAGUUGAUAACACAUCAGUAGAAAUCACAUCUUUUAUCCUAAAUGGCAGAACAUACUCUAAACUGGACAUGUGAAUGAUUGACUAAGCUAGUCAUGUUAGAUGACGGCACCCUUGCCAUAAAUUGAGAAUACUAAUAUAUAGCAUAACUUAAGAUUCAGAAGUACCAGAGGCUAACUAAUUGGAUGAGUGAAUUCUUAUAUUAAGAAUAUUGUAAUCAUUUCAAAACUAGCGAAGGCAUUAUUUUUAUGUUGGCAUAUUUUCCAUUCCUAGGUCCUUUGCAUUUCAUUUCUGAGGGUUCUGUGCCAACAUUAGUAAAGAAAUAAAAAUGGAAUUUUCAGAACAUUGAAUCGAGCGUCUUGUGUUCCCAGCACCAUUUGGCUUCACUAACCAAGAAGUCUGAACAAUUACAAGUUGGAGAUGAGGAAUUGGUAGAGUAGGUGUUUGUUUUGUCUAAUGAAUGGAGAAGUCCUGUAUUUCAAUUUCCAGAGAGAAAAAUUGGUCCAGGAAGUUUAAGAAUGUCUUAAAUAGGUAUUUUGAUAUUGGAGAAUAACUUGCUCAUAAUUCUGCAGAAAUACACAUGAAAUCCAAGUGGAGAGUAGUUUUUGAGUGAAGGAAAUGAGAGUUUGUUUUACCUAGUUUUCAUCGGUAAGAGAAACUGGUGCUGCAAGAGUGUAUUUUUUAAAAAUUUCUUAUUUUAUUUUCCAACUUCAGAUUUGUUCUUGUUUUUUUUUUAACUUGGGAAGUCCUCCAUAAUGUCAGAUAAUACUGACCUGCCAACACAGAACUCUUAGUUCCCUUAUUCUCUAGCAGGAGCAAAGAGCUAUGAAAAAACUGUUCUUUUUUGAGCUUGUUUGGCUCCUUUGUCAGUAACACGUAUUUUGCAAGACAACAGAUUGUUCUCUUAGGGGAUCAGUAGAACGUGUUUUUCAUUCUGCAUGUCCUAUGGGAAGAUCAAAUCCCAUGUCCUAAAAUGUUUCUCAAAUAUUUACAUAAACUUUGCUUUAAAUAAAUUUCUUAUUGUUCUUUUAAUGUAUAUUUCCUACUUAGUCUGUUUUUCUGCCUUCCACAAAUAGUAACUACAAAUUUCAUAAUUCCAGUUUUUACAUUCCGUAUCUUUCUGGUGUAACCAUUCCCAUUCAGCCUUAAAUCUUAUUAAUCUUUCUUUUUUGGCAGCAACUUUUUCCCUGGAACCUUCCACAUGGUAUUCUAAGUCAGCAUUAGUUUUGAAAUUAUUGGUCUGGUCUGGAGUAAGUUCUGCAUAGCAUCUAAUGUCAAAAGAGAACCAACUAGCAAUCGAAGUAUGAAUUUAGUAUGGUUUUUGUGGCAACAUAAGUGACAUAUGAAGAAAACUGUCCUCAGGUUACUACGCUGGAAUUCCAAAAUGUCUGAGUUUUGAAUAAUAGUCACUUUUUCUGGUAUUGAAGCAAUUAUGUUAGGAAAAAAGUUGAUUGUUUUUGUUUAACUGAUUUCUGAAAUAAAUGUUUGAAAUGUCUAUUUCUAAACAGUUUACUAAAUGCCUAGUGAAGUUAAACAUACUCUUGUUUUAAGAGGGUGUUGCUAAAUUUUUUAUUGUCAUUACUGAAUAAUCCAUGUGGCAAAAUGUCUGUCAGUGCUUUCCUCCCUUUUUUAUCUCCUAUUUUCAGGAGUCAGUUGUAGCCAUAAACUGUAUUCUGGUCUGACACUUUAACUACACAUUUCUGGUUAAGGGAGUUAAUUGCCUAAUUCACUUUGGGGACCCUCCUCCCACCCAAAUAUGUAGAUGCUAAGGAAGGUGUACUUAAAAAAUUGUUUGGACUACUUUUAAAACUCAAUGUCAUUAAUCCAUGUGUGGACUAGUGAUGAACAGAUAUUUUCAUAAAAGUUUAAAUGCUGAUAUUUGGUGGAAGUAGAGAGUAACUCGGAUUCUGUCAGUUCAAGUAUUUUUAGUGUGGUUGGAUGCCCUCUUUGUUCAGUGGACUGAUAAUACUGGAAUCUAUAAAGUUUGAGCCUUUACAACUUAACGUGAAGAAGUGUUUCAAACAUUUCUGGACAAAUCCUAUUUUCUUGGAAGAAUGUAAAUAAUCUUCUAGGCCACUUAAAACCAAUGAUCCCAAGUUGAGUAUUGUUGAGAAACAUUUCUUUUUAGGCCAUUUGACAUUUCAAAUCAGUGAGCAUAUUCCUGUAAUGUUUAAAACAACUACAUGAGCUUGUGAUGGAAACUGUUUUCUUACUUUGUGGAAUAUAAUUCAUGUACAUAUAAUUACUUGAAUAUUCUUUUGAGAUCUCUAACAUGCUGAGGCAGUUCCCACUGAUACAAUAUAAUCUCAUUGAGGAGGCUUGAAACAUUAAUGGUUUAGUCUUGUGAAUUUUAACAGUUCUCUGUCAUCGUUUAACAAAACCAACAACUGGCACAACUUCUUAAGCUGUGGUUUCAGUCUCUGCUAGUUCAUACUGCAUGUUUAUUUUGGACAGUCUUUUGUUAAGCAUGGUGCUUGUACUGGUUUAAAUAAAAUGUUAACAUGAAAGGA